AUGGUCUCGAGGAUUGAUUGGACCAAAGUGUUUUAUCGCCGCCUUCAGACAUUUCUCAAGGCGAUGAUCAGUUGUGAAGACGCCGCCAUCAAGGAAGGUCGAUUGACAGAAGAUGAACGACUCUCUACUCCAAUGCAAGAGAGCUGGGAGAGUGGUGACUUCUGGAUUGCAUACACUGCGAGGAACAUCUUUGCCUUCGAUUCGAUAUAUUGGCAAGAAAUUGAUCAACGUGAGAAAGACAAAGAUGAGAUGGUACUGCUUGUUGCACAGAAGCUCAAAGAGAUGGAAAGCAGGAUCCUGGCUUGGGACCCAGAUGAAUAUACCCGGUCUCAUAUCGACAUUGCGAAGACCUUUGCUGCCAAGAAGAACGGGAACGAAGAUGAGAGACAUAUGGAAAGUGACGGCGUGGCUACUCCGAAGUCAGACGACUACGAGGCUUCAGUGCGUGGUAUUGAGGCAAGGCCGGAUGACACUGGUGCUCAGCAGAUAUCUGAAAGGCUGUCACGGCUUUCCACUUAA